AUGGCAGCCAGCAGCUCUGAGGUCUCUGAGAUGAAGAGGGUUGAGAAGAGUCCUGAGACCCAGAGAGAAGGGCCUGGCCAUUCUGAAACUGAAACUGGCCCUCUCCAAGUCCUAGCAGGGGACGCAGACCAGCCAGAGACCCUGGAGCCAGGCUCAGACACCACUGGGUCCUCUGUGGACUCCAGGCCUAAGGCUGGGCUAGCUCCAGAAACCACAGAGACCCCUGCUGGGGCCCCAGAAACAACCCAGAUCACAGACCUCAGCUUAAGCACAGGAGAGGAAUCAAAGGCCAACUGCACCCCAGAAGAAGCAUGCCAAGAGCCAGUAUCCAAGCCAGAAGUGAGCAAGUCUGCCACUGCAGACCAGGGGUCCAAGCUGGAGGCUGCAGCUCCACCUGAACCAGCCUCAGAACCUGCUCCCCAGCCAGACUCCCAGCCUGAGCCCCAGCCAGACUCCCAGCCUGAGCCCCAGCCAGGUUCCCAGCCCACCCCCAAGCAAGAUCCCCAACCAGAGCCCCCUCCUACCCAAGAGGACCCCAUCCCUGAGGUCCUUACUGACAGUGUAGGGGAAAAGCAAGAGAAUGGGGCAGUGGUACCCCUACAGGCUGGUGACAGUGAAGAGGGCCCAGUCCCUCAACCUCACUUGCCACCCUCAACAAAAUCCCCCCCAGCCAAUGGGGCUCCUCCUCGAGUGCUGCAGCAGCUGGUUGAGGAGGAUCGAAUGGGAAGGGUUCAUAGUGGGCACCCAGGAUCUCCCCGAGGUAGCUUGAGCCGCCACCCCAGCUCCCAGCUGGCAGGGCCUGGGGUGGAGGGGGGUGAAAGCACCCAGAAACCUCGGGACUACAUCAUUCUUGCCAUCCUAUCCUGCUUCUGCCCCAUGUGGCCUGUCAACAUCGUGGGCUUCGCUUAUGCUGUCAUGUCACGAAACAGCCUGCAGCAGGGAGAUGUGGAUGGCGCUCAGCGUCUGGGUCGAGUGGCCAAGCUCUUAAGCAUCGUGGCACUGGUGGGAGGGGUCCUCAUCAUCAUUGCCUCCUGCGUCAUCAACUUAGGCGGUGAGUGGGGUUUGGGAACAGACAGGGGAGGAGUGGAAGGGUUGAUGAGGGCAGCGUUACUAACCCCUGCCCCUGCUCUCUCCUGUCUGUCCUUAUCUCUCCUUUGUCUCUCCUUGUCUCCCCACCCUCCUUCCCUGUCUCUUGUCUGCCCUUCCCUCUCCUCUCCCACAGUGUAUAAGUGA